AAUGUAGGUGAAGAUAUUCAAACAACUAUACAACGGGCCUUCAUCGUUUCGUCCCCCUGCGCUUCAUCUCUCGUUCUGUCUCUCAGUCUCUGCAUCCCUCACUCCCUCUGAGCCUCUCCCCUAUGGCGAUCGCUGCAGAAGCACAAUCUGGAGAGAAGACUCCUUCAAAGGAUUCGGCAGCAGAGAAGAAGAGGUGGACCCUGAAUGAUUUUGACAUUGGGAAGCCUCUCGGAAGAGGAAAAUUCGGUCACGUAUAUUUGGCUAGGGAAAAGAAGAGUAAUCACAUUGUGGCACUCAAAGUACUUUUCAAAAGCCAGCUCAAGCAGUCUCAGGUUGAGCAUCAGCUACGCAGGGAGGUUGAAAUACAAAGCCACCUAAGGCACCCUAAUAUCCUACGCCUCUAUGGAUAUUUCUAUGAUCAGACACGAGUUUAUUUGAUACUAGAAUAUGCAGCCAAAGGUGAACUCUACAAAGAACUUCAGAAAUGCAAGUACUUCGGUGAAAAACGUGCUGCCACGUAUAUUUCGUCAUUAGCACGGGCACUCAUAUAUUGCCAUGGAAAGCAUGUCAUACAUAGAGAUAUCAAACCGGAGAACCUUCUGAUUGGUGCACAGGGUGAACUCAAGAUCGCAGAUUUUGGUUGGUCUGUGCAUACAUUUAAUCGCAGGAAGACAAUGUGCGGUACACUGGAUUAUCUUCCACCUGAGAUGGUUGAGAGUGUAGAGCAUGAUGCAAGUGUGGACAUUUGGAGCCUUGGUGUCCUCUGCUACGAGUUCCUUUAUGGGGUACCCCCUUUUGAAGCAAAAGAACACUCAGACACAUAUAGAAGGAUAGUAAAAGUAGAUCUGAAGUUUCCUUCAAAACCAAUGAUUUCUUCUGCAGCUAAGGACCUAAUCAGUCAGAUGCUUGUCAAGGAUUCUUCACAACGUCUCCCGUUACACAAGGUUCUCGAGCAUCCUUGGAUUGUUCAAAAUGCAGACCCCUCUGGCAUCUACAGGUGUGGUUGACUUUUGCAUAUGGGACAUUUUUCCUUGUGUGAAAAAACCUUGAAGCAAGACCAGGUUCAGGGUAACUGUUACUGAUGCGAUCAAAUGUGGAAAAUCUUCUUGGAGAGAAUGCAUAAAUUUCUGGUCAAGGUUCUUUACUAGAUGUAGUGGUAAAGUAACAAAUGGUUGAAGAAAUUCUUUGUAAUGACAGUAUCUUACAUUCUGUGUGUAUUCAUAUAUGUAAUCAUGAUGUUGUUUGUGUGCAGACAGCGUCGUAUGUAACUUUUAUUAGUCUAUUUAUUCAACGGCGUCAUAACCGCCAUUUCUUUACAA